AUGUGUGGCCCGAACAAUCGGAUGACUGCGGUCAUGUUGAACGAUGUCAAGUCGACUGAGCGCGUGGGAAAUGAAGUGACGCAAAGACAAAAAAAUGGGAAUGGACGAAAGAAGAAAAGGUCGGAGAAGUGGAAACCUGGUUGCUAUGCCGGCCGGAUUGAUAGCCUCUGCACCCCCUUCACCAUCCGUCGAGUAUCUUCUGCUUUGUUCUUCCUUUCGCCGCUUACCAAUUCACCAAUUCGCCCUCUGAUCGCGUCGACACUGACUUUGCCGACGGUGUGA